AUGUUGUCUCUAAGAUCGCUCUUGUUCAUCGUUGUAUUCCUUAUUCGUAAAAUUUCAUCGCAAUGUGAAUCGAAUGCAACAUUGUGGACGUAUUAUCCUUGUUCAUUUAUCAUUUCAUCGGCCUCGUUCCAUUGUCCACAUGUAUCGAUUUUGUCACCAAUUGAUCAAUGUUCAGAUAGAGAAAUGACAUUCUUCUGGCAUUUUCCAUUCGGUAAUAUGACAUUAACUCUUCAAUCCGAGCAGAAGCAAUCAUUUUUAUUACGCUUAUCAAGAACAUCAUUAUUAUCGAACAACUUAAUUAAACAUGUUUAUCACUUGAUCAAUAAUCGAACAAUUGACGAGCAAAUUAUUUAUCACGAUCGUUCGACCGGUUCCAUUACACUCUAUUCCGAUCAAUAUCAUCAAUGUUCAAUGAAAUUCGAAGCGAGAAAUGAGAAUCUUUUUCACUAUGGUACAUUUAUUCGAAUGACUGCUUUAAUUGAUAAGACGAAUUAA